AUGCGUGAGAUACCAGAAUGUUUGAAUCGUCGCUAUCAAAUUUUGGACAAGUUGAUCAAGGACUUGAGUACUUCCCCUCCUCCCGGAGAAUCAGCCGUACCGCAACCCAGUGCUGCGAGCAAUGAAGUUGGUGUCAAGUUGAUGUGUGACUUCUGGAACAUUCUGAAAGAAGACCCGGAAUGUGACCUACCGGCGGCCUCAUUCGAUAAGAAGUGCCACGUGCGAGUUGAAGAGCUCAUGUCAACUCAAAGAGACCUCAUGGUGCAGAUUCAAAAUUUAGAAAAAAGAGAAAAACAAGGAGUGCAGCUCUUGAAACAGGCUGACUGCAUGUGGUCAUGUAUGGAGGAGUCGUACAAAAAGAAAAUAUCUCAAUCUCAAGAAAGAUAUAAAGCAUUAAUGACGGAGUUAAAGGAAAUAGAAACCAGUGCAAUCAAAUGGAAGAAGCACAAGAAAGAUCUAGAAUUUCAAUUAACGAAUAUAAAUCAGUGUGGAGACGACAUCAAAGAGAAAACAUAUCAGAAGAAUAAUGACCUCAAAGUUAUGAACAUGGAAAUUGAAGAGCUGAAGAAAAGGAUUGCAAGUAACGCUAAAGAUUUGAAUGUUGCUAAGAAUUCCUAUAAAGCGAAAAAAGAGGCUUCUGAUAUGGAUCCAGAAACUUACAAGCAGUUGAUGUUAUGUCUCAAAGACGUUACUGUGACACGUCCAGUAAAAGAAGAUAAGGGUACAGGGUCUAAAAAGGAACCGUGUCAUCGCUGGGGUGGGAUUAGUGAAUGUCAUUGCCCAAAAGGUCCCAAGGCCUGUGUUUGUAGUAAAGCCCCACAUCCACCAACUGACCCUCCUUCUUGUGGACUACAACCAGCAGAAGAGGAUCCGGCGGAGAAAUCGUGUCCACAACGAGAGUCACUGGCAUGCAGCACGGACUGUGGUAUGUUGGGGAUGCCGGGUGCACCGUCCAACUGGCGGCGCGAACCAUGCGCUGGCCAGAGCUGCCCCUUCUCCAAGAAUAUGCGCGCUGCUCAGUGUGUUCUGGGACCUGAGCCGCUCUCUUCAGAGCCUAAGGCUCAUUCCUUGCCACCAAACACACCAAAAAAGUUGCCAGAAGAUAAGACGUUGAAGAAGUUGGCAGAAGAUAAGACGGUGAAGAAGUUGCCAGAAGAUAAGACGGUGAAGAAGUUGCCAGAAGAUAAGAUGGCCACAUGCGCUUGUGGAAGCAAGGCGGUAAAACCAUGUCCAUGUAAUAGAGGUUUAGAUUUUGUGUGGGAGUACAAUUCAGUGAAACUAGACAUCCCGGUCGUGACACUGAAAUCUAUGAUUGUAGAUCGUAGAGGUCAACCGCGCCAACGAAUUUUCGAGGAAGUCAUGGGAAGAUAUUCUGAGGUGUCACCUAUACAAAAUAUAAGUUUCACGUGUUUGGAUAACGAGUCCUCCAACAUAAGUUACGAAAUGUGUGAAUAG